CAUUACCAUGUCGGACCACAAAGAGUUCCUCGUCGAAGCUUUGAAGGAUCUAAAGUUAACGCCGGACGAAUGGACGGCUAUCUCAAAAGCGUGCGACCAAUGUCUGGCCCCACCGUCCAAUAGAGGCCUCCCUCCAAUGUCAUUCGUGUUGAAUAGUCCGGCAUUCAAGUCCAACCCUGCAGCGGCUGAAGCUCUCAAAAAGAUUCUUCUCGAGUGCCAAACAUCGGAUAAACCAAUAGAAUUUCCGAAUAUUGACCGUGCUUUGAAGUCGUACUAUCGGUGA